CUGACCUCGAGCAAUCCGCCUGCCUUGGCCUCCCAGAGUGCUAAGAUUACAGGCGUGAGCCACAGCGCCUGGCCCACAGAGUUGUUCUUUGCAUGUUUCCUGAAGGCUCAGAGGACCCCUGCCUCACCUCCUUGAUCAUCCUGACCUUAUGUCAUUAGCACUUGCCCCACCAGGAAUGCAGCGCCUGGCGGUUGGCAAGGAAAGUUGUGCCAUGUGAGGCUGUGAGACCAAGGACAGUUUCCCAUGUGACAAGGGUCUGGUGGCCUCAGCAGCACCUAGCUCUCGGCCCUGCAGCACUGUCUUCUAGAAGUCUCACCCCUACCUGGUCCUCUCUCCUCUGCCUCCUUCCCUCCCUGACAACCCUCUGGGAACCCAAUAGCACCUCAAGCUUCACUUGUUCAAAACUGAGCUCUGGAGUUCCCUCUGUGUCAUUGCUCCUCCCUUGGCUUCUCUGGCCUGGUAAAUGGCAGUUUCCUUCCACCCAGUCUCCAAGGAGUCAUUCUCCAUUCUCCCUCCCUCACCUCCCACACCCUCAAAACACUGGGAAUCCGACUGCCUCCUGCCAUCUCUGUGGUCACCAGCCUGGCCGUACCAAGCGUGUCUCCCUUUUUUCAUCCUGGCCCUUUCACAGUCCUCACAACCACCAGAGAGGGCUUUAAUGUAAAUCAGAUCCUCUCCUUUGCCUGUUAGAACCUUCCACUGGUUCCUGGUUUCAAUCCAAAUAAAACCCAAAGUCCUAUGUGAGUGGCCCCUGCCAACCUCUUUGAUCUUGGUCUCUGCUCCUCCUCUUCGCUUUCUAAACCUUGACCACACUGACCUGUUUUCUAUUCUUCAAACAUGCCAAGCUCAUUCCCAUUUUAGGACUUGUGUAUUGGCUGUGCCCUCUGCUGGAAACACCAAUCUUCUCACCACUGAGAAAGGCUCAGUUCCAGAGCCGCCAGUCCAGAGAGGCUUCCUUGACCACCCCAGUUUAAGUAGCAAGCCCAGCUUUAUUUUCUUCAUAACCUUUGUGAACUAUCUGGAAUUCUUAUUUAGCACUCCCUGAUGGGGGAGGCAAAUAAGAAACCAGCAAACACAUCUGUACUUGCAGACUGUGUCUUGUUUCCUCUGUCUCAGUCCAUCCACCCAUCCCCGGGCCAGGCCCCCCUCUCUUCAGAAUCUGAGCAGCGAUGAUGUUUGCUGAGGAAAAGACCUAUAAAUAUAUCUGCCAUCAUCACAGCAAAUUUUGCCGUGUCGAUGUUCUGGAGAUCCUCCCUCACCUGCCCUGCCUCACGGCAAGUGACCAGGAUCGACUUCGGGCCCUCUACACGCAGCGGGGGAACCAGGACACCGUCUGGGAUCUCUUCAACCGCCUGCAGCGGCGGACCCACUGGGUGGAUUUCUUCAUUGGGGCGCUGAGGGCCUGUGAGCUGGCUAGUCUCGCUGACGAAGUGGCCUGUGUCUACCAGAGCUACCUGCCUCGGACCUCGAGGCCCCCCCCACCCCCGCUGGAGCCCCUGUCACUGCCUGCUGAGGUUCCAGUGCCCUCCGCUGCACCUGCAGGGCCCCGCAGCCUCCCCUACAACGGCUACAGAGAGAUGGAGCCCAGUUACCCCAUGCCUGUCCAGGACACCCGGCCACCGGAGUCCCCGGGAGAGAGUUCAAAGCAAGCCCCGCAGACACCCAGCCCUGGAGCCAUCCCAAGAAGGCCGGCUACCCCUCUGGAGCCCUCCUCUGACCUGGCAGCCCUCAGCCCUGGCAUAUCUAGCGGGCAUCACAAGCAGAACACAGAACCGGGCAGUACCCACACAGCAGGUACAGUCUCCAGCCUCACGCCAUCCCGUGGGCCUGUGUCUCCAACUGUGUCCUUCCAGCCCCUGGCCCGUUCCACCCCCAGGGCAAGCCGCUUGCCUGGGCCUGCAGUGUCAGCUCCGUCUACAGGACCCUCUUCCUCCUCCUCCUCAUCCUUAUCCACCAACCUGGCUUCUGCAGGGGGUGCUGGUGACCAGGCUGAGCCUACUGCCUGCUGCAGUGGAGCAGAGGCACCCAUUACCUCUGUGACUACCAGCACAGUGGCCUCCAAAGUGCCUGCCACCUUGAUGCCUGUGAACACGGUGCCCUCCAAGUUGCCCACCAACUCGAAGCCCUUGGGUACAGUGCCUUCCAAUGUGCUCACCAGUCUAGCACCGUCCAAAUUGCCCAUCAACCCAACACGUGCUGGCACAGUGCCAUCCAAAGUGCCCGGUAGUUCAACGCCCACGAAGGUGCCUGCCAGCACAGUCCCCAGCAGCAGGAACAGCAGAGCUGAGGAAACCCCAGUGGCUGCAACGCCCACAGGCGCCACUAGAGGCAGCUCUGCUAGCGAGAGCCUGGGGCCCGAGCUGAGCAAGCCCGGCGUGCUGGUGUCCCGGAUGGACAGCCAGUUCUCAGGCUGCUCCGAAGACCUUGCCAUCAGUACCAGCAACUCCUUGGGUGCGAAGGCCAUCCACGGCCCGGAGGAGAACGAGUAUGUCUCCGUGGGCACCUUUGAGAUCCACAGGGUGGAGGAGGGCCCGGGCGCCGACCUCCUGGAGAACAACCCCGGGCCAAAUGCUGCCCCACAGCUCCGGGAAGAGGAGACGGCGGGGCUCCAGGAGGUGGAGGCCACGUGGUAUAUCUGGGACGAGCCCUGGGCUCCAUGGCUCCGGGCAGCCGCUGCCGGGGCACUCGUGAUCACGCUCCUGGCCAUGUUGUACCAGCGGCGCCUGCGCCAGUGAAGCCCUGGGCCCUCCUGUCACAGAUCUGCUCCGUUCCCCGAGGUACACCCCAGCCCCUCUCUGAGUGGAGCUAUCUGGCUGCCCCUGUCCCUUUCUUGGGGUUGGCCAGAGCUAGGUCAGAAGGGAGCUAAGGGACCGAAGCCAGGCAGGUGGCCAUGACAUGGCUAGACUGAGUCCUGGGGGUGGCAUUUCCAUCCCUGCUCUUGCCCUCUGUGGGUCCUUUACCAUUUGGCUUUCUUGGCUGUAGGCUGCCCCAGCACUCCAGACCUCAGCCGCCUGGCAAUCCAGGUUGUUGCCUGUGCCUUCUAGAGGAGGUACCUCUGUCCAGGCCACAUCCCUACUGGAUAAGGAGGUGCCGCUGGAGUGCACAUGGCGGUUGGUAAUGGCCCUUAUACUGCACAGGUCCCCGGAGGCCAGAGGGCAGUUGUGCAGGGUGAGGGACCCGGCGAAACCUGCUUCCACCCUCAGCACCCAGCCUGAGGCCAUUGCACUGGGGUAGGCAGGAGCGGCAGGGUGGCCAGCCUCCAGGGACCCAACUGCUUUGGGUUCCUGCCUGCUGGUCCCCCUCCCCUGCCAGGCAACUCCAGGGAGGUCCGGAGGUUCCUGUGGACUCCAGGGAAGCUAGAGGCAGCUGCCAGGCUUGAGGAAGACCCUGGAGCCCCUCUCCAGUCUCCUCACCCCACGUCCUUUUUCUCUCCCGCUUGGUCUCUGUUCUCUUCAGCUCCCUACCCGGGCUGGGGAGGGCACGCCUGUUGGGCAGAGCUGAGGCCGAGAUUUGGAUCUCAGCUCCACCUCUCCCUGGGCUGUGUGGCCUUGGUGGUGGGCAGACUUCUCUGGUCUUGCUUCCCCGCAUGGACAGCAAGUAUCUGGCUCAUCUUUCACUGGGUUCUUCUGAGACUGGAGCCUACAGGUGUUUGCCAAGUGCCUGGCCCAGAGGGGGUGACAACUAAAUGCUCCUCUUGCCUCUUUCCUGCCCACCCUGGUAGAACUGGAGGCAUGAGAGGCAGAGUGCGUGGUGGACCUGCACCCUGCUCUGCCUCUCACCAGCUCUGUGACCUUGGUCAAGGGAUUAACUGCUGUGUGCCUCACUUUCCUCAUCUGUAAAAUGGGGAUGAAUAUGUGUGUGUGUGUGUGUGUAUCUCACUAGUGUUUUGAAGAUUAAACGAGUUUAUGUAAA